CAGAUUUUCUAUUGGCUGUUCAACUACAUUUAUGCAUAAAUACCUAUUGUUUUAUUUAUGAACAAUGCAAGAAAACUAUUGUUCUAUUGUGUGAAAAACAUACGUAACAAUAACAAUGUUUGGAUGGAUCAGAAGAUUCUGGCACAGACAUCGGACAAAAUUAUUUGUGACUGGAGCUGUAAUUGGAGGUGCUGUACUAUUGGGUAAAUAUGCCAGUUGGAAAUUGAAUGAACUCCGCGAACAAGAAGCAGUCGAAUAUUUGUCUUUGACGAGAAGACAACAUCAUUUUGACAGCAACCAAAGAACCUGCAACAUGACAGUACUCUCAAUGAUUCCAAAUUUGAAAGAAAUUUUAAUGCAGUUAUUAGAUUCAGAAAAUUUGACAGCUCAGUUGAAAAACAAACCCACAAACAGAGUGGAAAUUUGGGAGGAAUUGAAGAUUAUCAGUUUCACAAGAACCAUUGUAGCUGUGUACAGCAGCUGUAUGCUAGUAGUUUUACUGAGAAUACAAUUAAAUAUCAUCGGUGGAUACAUGUAUCUAGAUGGCAUGAGCUCACAAGACAUGUUUCAGUCAACAGACCAGAAGCUACCACCAGAAAUACAACAGCGUUACCUGGCAACCAUUCAAUAUUUAUUAGAGCAAGGUCUUAAAGAUUUCAUCACCAGUGUGAGAUCAGCUGUAGAAGCGGUGUUGACAUGUGUAUCAUUGAAGCACUGUAUAUCAACUCACGAAGUUACAGCAAUGAUAAAUAAAGUACGUAGUCUUAUUGAAACAGAGAAAACUGAGCAGUUUGAUAGUGCACACAGUCUUUGUAAAUAUAUGUUACCCAGUGAGGCCACUGUGAUGCAAGAAAAUGGAAUCAUUCACCAGUUAAUGAUAGAAACAAAGGAUAUGUUAGAAAGUGAUGAUUGUUCCAAUAUUAUCAACCUGUGCUUGAAAACUGGGUUUAACCGACUUGAAGACAACAUUCAACAGUUUUAUAAUCCAGUGGAUGUAACAAAUGAAAAUAACCUCCAAUACUUGAAUAUACCGUUAGCUAAAAUAAUUCCAGUGAUGAAUGGACAGAUACAUUCCAUAUGCAGUGACACACCAAACCAUUUUGUACAGGAACUCUUGCUGCUACAGCCAGUGAAAGACUUUGCUGCUAAUAUCUACGAAGCAUUCAGCCAAUCAGCGUCUGCAUCAAUAGCCCCAUAA